AUGGCGGACGUCGCUACGCUGCUGAGCAGUGCCCCGCCGGAAGAGGAGGUUGAGCGGACCGAGGAAGCUGCCGAGGAGUCUGCGCGUGAGGACCUCUACCUCACGGCCAAGACCAUGACGGCGACCAACGCCGCGGGCGGCACAUUUGGCCUCGGCAUCGACCAGUACGAGCUGCCCAAGGCCUCCAUCUCGAAGCUCGCACGCAGCGAGAUUCCCGAGUCGGUGCAGCUGCGCAAGGACACGCUGUCGGCGCUCGUCAAGUCGUCGUCCGUGUUUGUGAGCUAUUUGACCGCCGCAUCGCACGACGUCGCCAUUGCGCGUGGCAACAAGACGAUCUCUGCGGCGCACGUCCUCGACGCAUUGCGCGAGCUCGAGUUUCCCGCGUCGAUGCGCAAGGAGCUGCGCGAGCAGCUCGAGGCGUACCGCGACCUGCAGAAGAAGUCGGCCGCCGCACGCGCCGACGCCGCUGCACGCAAUCGCGCCGCGGCCAAGGCGCGGGCCGCGACGGAAAAGGCGGAAGGCGGGGCCGCAGCGGAUACCACGAUGGAGGCUGACGAGAUGAUCGACAAGACGGACGACGCCGAGGAGGGCGACGUGUCCGUCGACGUGGCUUCUACGCAGGCUAUGGACAUGGACGCGGCCCAAUCGUAG